UUCUUCAUCCUUUAAUUUCAAGUAUCAUAGCUAAGCUUGGGUACGAAAAAAUGGGUUCCAAGGCAUUUCUGUUACUUGGCCUUUGUUUGGCCAUUUAUGUAAUGAUAAGCUCAGAGGUUGUAGCUAGGGAGUUGGCCGAGACUUCCACCAAUUUAGAAGAGGCUGAAUCUAAGAAAUCCAAUAACAAGAAUGAAGUACAUGAAGCCCAAUUUGGCGGGUACCCUGGCGGUGGUGGAGGUUACCCUGGUGGUGGCGGUGGUUAUCCUGGUGGCGGCCGUGGAGGUGGCAGAUACCCUGGCAGUGGCCGCGGUGGCGGUGGAUACCCCGGUGGCGGCCGUGGUGGUGGCGGAUAUCCAGGUGGAGGCCGUGGAGGUGGCGGAUACCCUGGCAGUGGACGCGGCGGUGGUGGAUACCCUGGCGGCGGACGUGGUGGUGGUGGCCGCGGUGGUGGUGGAAGAUACUGCCGCUAUGGUUGCUGCCAAGGCAAUAACUAUACUUGCUAUAGAUGCUGCCCAUACAAAAGUGAGGCAAUGCAUAAAGUUACUAAAGCUAAGCCUCAUAACUGAUCAUCAUGUGGAGCAGUAUAUUAUAUAUACUAAACUUCUGUAAUGGAAAAUAUGUAAUCAGUAUUAAUUAAUCCUCUUGCUGCUUUGAUUUCAACUAGAACUUCUUGUAAGAAUUGUGAUAUAAAAGCCAUCAUGUAAUGUUUAAUUUGUUAAUUAUAGUAUGGUGUGUCGUGUGAUAA